CGGGGUAUCCUUACCUUUCAAAUCACAGAUUCUCCUUCUUUGGAGAUUUUCAUUAGGUUUGCAAAAUGAUAACCAUAUUUUUGAUCUGGGGAAUUGUUGUAGCAAUAUGCUGUUAUUUAUGGCUUAUUUUUGGAUUAAGGAGAAGGCGAAUGGGUGAACCACCUCUGGAGAAUGGGUUCAUUCCAUACCUGGGCUGUGCUCUGAAAUUUGGGGCCAAUCCUCUUGAGUUCCUCAGGGCAAAUCAAAGGAAACAUGGGCAUGUUUUUACCUGCAAACUAAUGGGAAAAUAUGUCCACUUCAUUACAAAUUCCUUGUCAUACCAUAAGGUGUUGUGCCAUGGAAAAUAUUUUGAUUGGAAAAAGUUUCACUUCACUACUUCGGCGAAGGCUUUUGGGCACAGAAGCAUUGAUCCAAGUGAUGGAAAUACCACUGAAAACAUAAAUGACACUUUCAUCAAAACCCUGCAGGGUGAUUCCUUGAAUUCCCUCACGGAAACCAUGAUGGAAAAUCUCCAACUUAUACUGAGACCUCCCAUCCUUCUUAAAUCAAAGAGCUCUGUUUGGGUGAAGGAAGGGAUGUACUCCUUCUGCUACCGAGUGAUGUUUGAAGCUGGGUAUUUAACUCUCUUUGGCAGAGAUCUUUCAAGGCAGGAUGCACAAAGUGCCCUUAUUCUAAACAACCUUGACAACUUCAAGCAAUUUGACAAAGUCUUUCCAGCCCUGGCAGCAGGCCUCCCCAUUCAUAUGUUCAAGACUGCUUACCAAGCCCGGGAAAAACUGGCUGAGGGCUUGAGGCAUGAGAACCUCAAAACAAGGGAUCAGGUCUCAGAACUGAUUCGCCUACGCAUGUUUCUGAAUGACACACUCUCCACCUUUGAUGACUUGGAGAAGGCCAAGACUCACCUCGCUGUCCUCUGGGCAUCACAAGCAAACACCAUUCCAGCAACUUUCUGGAGCUUAUUUCAAAUGAUUAGGAAUCCUGAAGCAAUGAAAGCAGCUACUGAAGAAGUGAAUAAAGUACUGGAGAAUGCUGGUCAAAAACUCAGUUUUGAAGGCAAUCCUAUUUAUUUGAAUCAAAUGCAACUAAAUGACCUGCCAGUCCUAGAUAGCAUCAUCAAAGAAGCUCUGAGGCUUUCUAGUGCCUCCCUGAACAUCCGGACAGCCAAGGAGGAUUUCACUUUGCACCUGGAGGAAGGUUCCUAUAACAUCCGAAAAGAUGACAUCAUAGCUCUUUACCCACAGUUAAUGCAUUUAGAUCCAGAAAUCUACCCAGACCCUUUGAUUUUUAAAUAUGAUCGAUAUCUUGAUGAAAAUAGGAAGACAAAGACCACCUUCUACAGCAAUGGCAUCAAGUUAAAGUAUUACUACAUGCCUUUUGGAUCAGGAGCUACAAUAUGCCCUGGAAGAUUAUUUGCAGUCCAAGAAAUCAAGCAAUUUCUGAUUCUGAUGCUUUCAUAUUUUGAACUACAGUUUGUGGACAGCCAUGUUAAAUGUCCCCCCUUGGACCAAUCCCGUGCAGGCUUGGGCAUUUUACCGCCAUUAAAUGAUAUUGAGUUUAAAUAUAAAUUCAAACAUUUGUGAAUAUGUGAUUGGAAAAAGAGGGCAUUAGGCACAGGCCUGCUGAGCACCGUCAUUGAAAAGUCCUUUUGGACAAACACAUUUAGGGGUGAUGGAAUUUGGUUAGCAUGUCCAGUUUGGCUCACUGAAGCUUUCUCAUGAGUCUAACAUUUGAGUGACAGUUUUCAGAUGAAUCUCAGACAGCACUAGUGAAAAGUCUAGAAGCACAACAAGUUUUUCUCACUUGGAUAAGUCAGUGGAUGUUCAUAAAGCUGGGGACUGAAUUUCAUUACUUUCAGAGGAAAAUACUUUUUUUUUCUCAAAAUGAAGAUAUUUUAAUUGGCAGAAUUUUUUUUUUCCUAAGGAAAUUGCUUUGUUUUUUAAAAAACCACUCACCAAUCAUGAAAAAAGAUUCAAAUUCACGUUUUAGUGAAAUGGCAUUGUUUUUUGGCUAAAUACUGAGGUUCUUCAGGUGUGAGCAUAUAAUAUAAAGGGUAUUUUAAAUGAUUAUAUCGUGCUUUUUAAUAAAAAGAAUUUUUCAGCUUUCUCUAUGUCCAGUGUAUCCCUACAUUCAAGACUUUUGAAGUGAUGAUAUGGUGUCCUAUAAACAAUAAGGGUAGUUUUGAUAUUUGUCCUUUAUGUUUUAACUUAUUGUUGGUAGAAACUGUUAUGCCAGGUUUUAGCUCUCUUCUCUGUACCUUUACUUGAUUCAAAUGAAUGUGAAGAAUCAUUUUCAGAGAUUAAAAAUCUCUUUUUCUGUAUUACUGAAUAUGUAUCAGUGAAAAGAAUGCAACUCGUAUGUGAUACAUUUAAAAAUUUAAAAUGGAUGAAAAUCACCAUUUUAAAAAGUUUGAUUAUGAAAUAUGCAGAGUUCAUUAAGUAAAGCUUGACAUUAUGCUUUAAAUAGUUUUUAUUUCUAAAGGAACUGCAGUUGAGAAAAAUAAUUUAAGGCUAGAUGAUAGUGUUUAAAUACUUUGUAUAUUGAUGCUUUGGUGAACUAUUUUAAGUGUUAAAGGUAGCUGUUGUGCUAUUUUAUUGAUAUUUCCAUGUAUAUUUAUAUGUAAAUUAUAUUUAUCUUUUCCUUUCACUGUGAAUAUUAAGAAAAUAUUGUAACAUUUGGUGAUUUUGAAAUUAUUC